UUUGUUGACACUCAAUGGAAAACUCCAGAACAAAGUAUGUAUAGUCUGGCAAUGGGUUCAUCCAAAGCAUUUUUUGACAUCACUUUUUCACGGUGUAGGAGUUUGUUUAAUGACAAGAAGCUAGUGGAAUACUUACAGGAGAGCUCUUUUGAUGCAGUGUUUUUGGAUCCUUUUGAUGUGUGUGGCCUAGUUGUUGCCAAGUACUUUUCACUUCCAUCCGUGGUCUUCACCAGGGUAGUGUUUUGCCAUCACCUUGAAGAUGGUGCACAGUGUCCCAGUCCUCUGUCUUAUGUUCCCAGAGUUUUCUUGAUGUCCUCAGAUGCUUUGAGUUUCAUGGAGAGAGUAAGGAACCACCUGAACUACUUGGAAGAGUAUUUAUUUUGCCCUUAUAUUUUCCAAACUGCUCUGGAAAUUGCUUCUGAAAUUCUCUCAACACCUGUCACAAUAGGUGAUCUCUUCAGCCAAAUAUCUAUUUGGUUGUUAAGAACUGACUUUGUUUUCGAAUAUCCCAGACCUGUGAUGCCCAACAUGAUCUUCAUUGGUGGAAUCAACUGCCACCAGAGGAAGCCACUACCCAAGGUAUGUUGUGUCUCCUUUAGCACACUGCGGAAAACCUGGCUUUGGGUGUUAAGAAAGAACCCUUACUGA